AUGGUUUCUAACCGUGAGUUUGCCGUCCUUGCCGUGGGUAUCCUCGCUGGCUUUACCAUUGCACUCUCGCUCUCGUGGUCGUGGUCGGCCAAGGUGGCUUCGCCCGUCGCUGCUGCAGAGGCUAGUGUCGAUGGGUUGAGCGCAGGGUACUCGGGCUACAAGUUCGGACACGGCCUACCGUAUCCGGUGGGAAUGGACAACGAUGCGCCGCUGCCGCUGGCGGAUCUCGACUCUAUGUGCACCGCGCCACCGCAGGGCUUGCCACGGGGCAAGGGCGAUGGCAAGCGUCGGUUCAUGCUGCUCACGGUGGUGGCCGGCAUGGAGAGGCUGUUUAAGAACUACCUGGCGCACGUCUCGCGUCUUGAUCUGCCGCAUCGCGUAGCUGCGCUGGACAACACAACACUGGCGAUGGCGCGCAAGUAUGCGGCGGCCGGUCGCGGUGAGUUUGCGGCGUAUCGGCUGGACCUGGAGCUCGACUCGGGCGGGCGGCAGGAGCGCAACUCGUCUUUCGACUUCAAGGGCCGAUUUGCGCUUGCUUGGGUUGGUGAGGCGCUCCGCUGGCUCUGCGCCGGCUUUGAUGUCUUCCUCACUGACAUCGACGUUGUAUGGAAGGCCGAUCCACGAGACUUUCUCUACUGCACUGGCAGAAACUGCGUCAACGGUGGCCUCGCCGCCGCAGAUGUGGCUUGGACCUCGGACAAUCUCGGCAUCGGCAUCGACACCAGCCUAGGUGCCGAGGGCUCGAUGCACGGCCAGUACAACACCGGCAUGGUCUUGCUUCGGGCGACGCCGGCUGGCAUCGGCAUGGUCCGGCACUGGCUCGCAGCUGCGCAGGAUGGCCUGACCAAGACUGGCAGGUACGACUUUGUGCGGACGCACCAGGAGGCCUUCAAUCGCAUUGUCAACCCAAUGCAUAAUGACAACAUUAUCCGCGAUGUGGUGGAAGGCGGGCCGCCGCGGACGGUGACUCGGACAAUCGAGGCUCGCGACGACGUGAGCCUGCCGCGUGUCGACCUCGUUGCUGGCCUCUUGCCACUCGGCGGCUUUCUCUCGGGCCACACCGCAUUUGUGCAGCAGAUGGCGUACGGGCGUCGCAAGCUGCUUGACGCGCCGUUUCCGGCCUUUGCCAUCCACGCCACCUAUACUCGCACUAACUCGGCGCGCGGCAAGGAAUACCGGUUUGCCGAGGCCGGCGAGUGGAUCGCUCGCGACACUGACUGGCCGCUGCCGGCGCAGUCUGUCACCUUUUCCUUUGGCCCGUCUCGGGUCCCCGGCGUGAACGCGACGACGGUCGGCGCCGAGGCACACAUCCGCUCGAUCCGUGAGCAGCUGCGUGACAUCCGCAACGCACUAGUCCUCGCCGGCGCCCUCAAGCGGACGCUCGCCAUACCGCGCGCCACCUGCCACUGCGACGUGGCAUCCAUGGACAACAUCAUGGCAGCAGGCUGCCGCUUCCCGGGCUCCAACCAGGUCAUUGAUGACAAGGACGUCCGCGCUGACUUUGUCCCCUUUGCCUGUCCGCUCGACCACAUCAUGGACACCGCCAUGGCCACCGGCCCGCUCGCCCUCGAGCGUGGCAUUCACAUCCGCCCGCUCGAUCCGGCCGGCGAGGCGCCCGACGCGGUCCUCGACGCCGCGCCGCUCGAGGCUGCAGGCAAGCUCCCGCUCCAGCCAGGUGAUCUGCUCCGCACCCUCUCCGCCGCAGUCAAGGUCACGGCUGGCGCGGACUCGGCCAAGCUGCUGGACGUCACGCCGUGGAUCGCGAUCCUCGAUGGCCUGCGCCCGCUUGUCGUCCCCGAUGACGUUGCGGCGGACCAGCGAGGCCCUGCACGCAAGCUCGCGGACUGGGCCGCCACGCACGCCGACUUUGUGGUCUCCACCAACAACUGGUGCACCGAGUGCUUUCCCAAGCCCUGCCACGAGUGGUUUCCGCCGGGCGUGCUCGACGAGUUUGCCGGCAGAAUCCACCCGACCCGUGAGACCGAGGAGCUUGUAUGCAUCGAUCUCAUGACGGAUGCUGUCGGCAAGACGCCCAUCACUAGCCGGCCUUGA